CUGAACGAACCCUCCUUUCCCUUCCAUCGCCUUCCUUGGCUUGCACUUCUCCUUAGUCUCCGGUUGCCUUCUACUUCAUUCCUUCCUCCUUUCUCUUAACAUUCUCGUCUUUCUCUGGCUUUGCUCCCAUUUGCAUGGGCUGUGUAUUGCAUCAAGCAGUAGCGCUAGUGCUACUUUCUCGUCGAUUUCUGAGCAUACCGUCCUAGACAUCGACACUCCUGGGGCUUGCCGAAGUUGCUUCUGCUGACUUAGAGCCAGAAAUCCAAUCUUGCUGUUUGCAGCUGUCAGUAGCAAACCUGUUUUAGAGAUCCAUUCGAUCAAUUUAAACGCUUCAUCCGAUAUUUACGAUUCAGGGGUCCUGUUCGAGCUCCAGGUGCCCGUCCAUCCAUGUAGUGGGAUUCCAAAAUUAACGCCCAGAAGCUUCUAUGGUUCUGUAAGACGCCAGAGUUCAAACCCUUGGGGCUAGCUGUGCAUUUUUGUUGUCCACAAUGUGCUGCAAUCCGUCGGAUUGAACUGCCGGAGGUUGUUGAAGAAUUGGGUCUGGGAUUAUUGAGCAAGUUGGAAGUUGAUACGUGCCGUGGAAUCAAUUCGGAUUGGUAGCGGGAAGCUUGAAGCGUCGCCGUUGUGCUGGUUCUUGAUUCAUGCCUUCCGACAAGAUGUUGGUCAGAAUCCGAAGCCGAGAUGGUCUGGAGCGAGUGACAGUGGAUCCUAACGCCACGGUUGGAAAAUUACAACAUGCCAUAGAAGAGAACCUCCAGGUUCCAAUAUCCAACCAGCUCUUAUCUACAAACCAGGGCCUGCUCCUGUCCAAGUCGGCAGAUUUGGCCUCUGAAUUCACAGACAUGAAGGUUCCGUCGGCUUCACUCACAUCUCUGGGAAUUGCCCAUGGAUCGGUGGUCUUCCUCUCUUACAAUGGGGAGAGGGUAAUUGCGGGGCCACCGGUGACUCCGGCAGGCGCAUUUGGCAAGAAAAUGACAAUGGAUGAUUUGAUCGCAAGGCAAACUAGGAUUGAGAGACAGGAGAAACCUCACUGUUGCUCUUUGUCAUUUGACAGAGACGCUGCAAAUGCUUUCCAACAUUAUGUACAUGAGAGUCUGGCCUUUUCUGUGAAGAGAGGAGGUUUCAUGUAUGGUACAGUUGGAGAAGAAGGGGAGGUUAAGGUGGAAUUUAUAUAUGAACCUCCUCAGCAUGGAUCAGAGGAAAGCCUUCUCCUUUUGCGGGACCCAGAAGAGGAAAAGAAUGUAGAAGCCAUUGCCACAGGACUAGGAAUGAGAAGAGUGGGUUUCAUUUUCACUCAAACGGUGAGUCAGAACAAAAGGGAUUACACACUGUCGAGUGUGGAGAUUAAACAGGCGGCUGAGCUCCACGCAGAAAGUGGAUUUGAAGGUUGGGCCACAGCGAUUGUGAAGCUGGAAGUCAAUGAAGAAGGCGGGGCCGAUGUACAUUUUGAAGCAUUUCAACUCAGUGACCAGUGCGUGAAGCUUUACAAAGAGGGCUGGUUUGUAGAUAAUGUCCCAAAUCUGGAUCCCAAGCUGUCGAGGAUGAACAAGGAUGUCGUCAUCCUAGGAAAGGACACGCGUGAUGUUGACAACGAUUUCUUCCUCGUGUUGGUCAAGAUCCUAGAUCACCAGGGGCUGUUGACAACUACAUUCCCUAUCGAGAACCGCCAGUCUCCACGAUCUCUACAACAACUGAAGGCACAUCUCGAUCGGAGCAAAAACGUGUCAUAUGUGAAGAGAAUAUCUGACUUCCAUUUAUUGUUGUUGUUGUCGAAUCAUUUCGAUCUCAAUACUGAUGUUCCUCAACUAGCUGAAGUUGUGCGACUACAAAGUCCCGUCCCCGAUGGUUACCAGCUAAUUAUUGAGUCGCUUGCGAGCAACUUUUAGCUUUUCUUCCACAUCUGUAGCUGGCGUGGUAAAUGUGAAGUUAGGUACCCGUAACACCUUGCCUGUGUUGACUGAAUGGACUCAAGGCCAAGAGGCAGUUGGGUGCCAAUCUUUUGCCAGAGGUUGCAGGUGGCCUCAAUAUUGGUCUUGUAAAGUUAGACGUUAGCAUACUCACGAUUCAUUGCAGUCCCCUCUCCAUCGACUGCAAAGCUUUCCCACGCAAGUCUCUCUUCUAAAUGACAGGUUAGUAUGAAGCUCAUGGAAAUGUGAGUCUUUGUCCUGAAAGCAGCUGCGAGCAUGUAGUAUCAAGGACAAGUAUGAGAGAAAAUGAUUCGUCCGAGAGAAGCCAACACAUUUGUGUUAUCACAACGGAGUGUGAAUGAAAAUCCAGGUUCUGGAUGCAAUGAGUUCAAUUUUGAUUCUCAAAGUACAUUCACUUUACUGGUGCACCAGCAUUGUGCUCAACACCCAAGCUCAUGGACAAAAGACGUUUCGGCAUUUGAAUGCUUUGUGAAACAACUCAUCAUCUAUCUAACAUUCAAGAGAAUGUCACUUGGUGACAGUCUCUAUGAAGGAUGAUGAGUAUUUAUUGCACACUACCUGGAGAUACAUAUAUCAAAACCGACAUUCCGACCAGUGAUGGUGGAGAGCAGUGUGUAGGUAACUUGUGAGAUGUCCACUAGCUCGCUCUUUCUCAGACACUUUGUGACAUUUCAAACGAGCUUUUAGUUUUGAGUGUGUUCAACUGCCAAUGAUGAGUGUUUGCAGAGGUUUAUCUUGUUUUAAAUUAUUAGAUGGAAUAUGUGUGCUGUUGGUAGGGUGGAUAAAAGUAUGACUUUCGUUCAUUCUGGCUCGAACUACGUGAAGUAUCUGAGCUCUGAAAGAACGUGUCACUACAUAGAUAAUAUGUCGUGGAGAAACAGAGCCCUAGAUUUCAGAAGGUACUCGUGAACUUGUGGAUUAUAGAUGUGUUAUCUUACAUUUUGCUGGGGUCAUUGUUAGAACUUGAUUAUGUUGUGACAGCCUUAGGGUGGAGAUGCAUACAUCCCUCCGUCGGAGCUUGUCAUCACGAUCUCAGCAUGCAACAAGCGUAAUGAAUGUGGAUCUUCGUUCAGACUCAA